UUUCAUGUUGUCUGCACUGGACUGAAGUUAAACGCGAGUUGUGGAAGUUUCUUGUAGAGGUGUGAAGGUAGCCACGCUUUCUUUCUCCUUUUCCAGAGAUUUCAUAGGAAAAUAGGAAACAAACAAGGAAUCAGAAUCAAGUCUAUAAAAAAUGUAUGUAUAACUGGUUGUGUGUACUGCAUUAAGUGUUUUCCACAAUUCUGAAAUCAUAAAUACAAAAGUUCUCUUCCCAUUCCAAAUGGUUAGUUGAAGAAGACGGAAUAGGAAAUACGGUAUUAGAAUAAGAAGAAGAGAAAGUCUCAAAAGUAAAAAAUUUACGUCACUCUAAAAAAUGAUGUCAAAGUCAGAUCCUGUAAUACUAUGUUUACUAUUAAAAAACGACUAGAAAUUUGAUCAAUUACCAUUUUAUAAACUCUCUGACCUAUAAAUAAUUUCGAUAUUAUUUUCAGUUUGGUGAAGUUAAAUUUGCACCUUAUUUGUUUUGCGUCGAAGUGUUAACCUCAUUUCGUGGGAAAAGUUUUUCAGGUGUAGCCUCAGAAUGGACGACCCCAUCAAAUAUGAAGAGCAGGCUCAAGUUCAAACAAUUCCCCUAUUCAUAAAAAAGCUAUGGAAAAUGGUUAAUGACGUAGAUUCGGAUAAUAUCAUUAGUUGGAAUGUAGAAGGAGACAGUUUUAUUAUACAUGACCAACUACAAUUCAUUAUCAAAUUAUUACCUCACUAUUUUAAGCAUAACAAUAUGGCUAGUUUUGUAAGACAGUUAAAUUUUUAUAACUUUCAUAAAGUUCCAAGUGUAAAUAAUGAAGUGCAGUUUUCUCAUGAAUGCUUCAUCAAAGACAUGCCCGAAGUGUUAUCAUACAUCAGACGAAAAAACCCUGUAGUUAAGCAGAAAGCAGUGCCUAAUUUUAAAGAACAAGAAGUACAAGGUCUUCUAAAAGAUGUUAAAAGUUUAAAAGGAAAACAUUCAUUAGUUGAUAAGGAACUUGCUAUGCUGAAGCAAGAAAACCUCGCCUUAUGGACAGAAUUAAAUUCACUUAGAGUAAAAUAUACAAAACAGUCGACCAUCAUCAACAUGCUUAUACAUUUCUUAAUCACAUACAUACAUUCACAUCAAACUGCAUUUACUAAACAGAACAUAGAUGCUUCGUCAAGUCCUCUUAGUAGAAACAAUAUCAAAGUAGGGCCACAACUACUAGAAAUAGGUUAUAAGAAUCCCAAGAAGUCCCCUGCACAGAAUCCAUAUACAGUUCUGCAACCAGGUACUAGUGAUUCAGUAACAUAUUCAUUGGAGUUGCCCGAAACUUGUGGGCCUGAAGUGAAAAGGCAGAGGAUAAGUCCCAAAGGUUUAAAUGAUCUAGGCUUUCCAGGAAUGAGUUCAUUAAAGAAGCCUGGGAUUACCUAUUCCAUUAAAUUGCCAAGUCAAGCUGAGAAACUUAUGCAACCUGACAUUCCUAGAUCAUUACUGGAGAUAUUAAAGCAGAAUGAGCAACUAUGUGAAGACGAAAGCGAUGACAUAUGCUCAAAUCUUCAAGCAGCAGAGAAUUUAAUACACCUCAAGGAAGAACCUGCUGAUCUACAGGAGGAUAUGAUGACAGACGACGAUGCCGAUACAGACAAUUAUUACACGGUUAGUUAUCCUUCUGAAGCAGCAAAAGAAGUUAUACUCGAAGAACAGACAGCAGCAGAGAGUCCACAUGACGGACCAAUAAUAGAGAGCGCGCCAGAGAGUGUGGUUGAUCAAGGAACUCAAGUUUUUUCUCCUUCGGAAAUUCCUGUGAUUAUUUCGCAGGAAGUACCUGUCAAAACACCUUCUGGUAAAACUAACUUGACCAUUUCGUAUCCAAAUUCACCAAAUGUUAACCAGACCUCAAACAAAAAGAAAAUAAAGGUCUUCGACCAUGUAUUUAUACCCAACAAACAAACUUUAUUAAAGGGAACCUCUAAAUUGAAAUCUACCGUAACUGCCCCCAAAUCAGGUAAAGUGUUACCUUCAAAAGGUGUGGCCUCGAAGUUAACAAGAAGGCUGUCGUCUCAGUCUCAGUCUAGUGAUAUCGAAGCAGCUGAAGGAACUCUUCUAGAAAUUCUAAAAGAAAAUGAGAAACUCAGUAAAGACAAUAUAAAAAAUCCAACUAUAGCCAAUUAUAAGCGUUCAAAUUUGGGGAAAAUAAUAAAUUCUGAUGCAAAUAUGGGUAAAUCUUUUGAUGACUACUUCAUAACUGAUACAGGUGCUACCGAGUUGUUGGGUUCCGAAACCCAAUCCAAAAACCAACCCGUUCCCGAAUCUCAGACAAAAUCACAAAGGACCGUGCCCGGCGCAUCAAAUGCUUCUUCUGUAUCAAAUAAUAAUGCUAAUUUUAAAAUUCUAGAGAGCCCUAAAGAGCAUUUUAGCAGCUAUGUCAGCAACACACAGGAAGAGAUUGACAUGCUGCAGGACAUCUUGAACAAUCUCACGUCGAAUGACUUGUCUGGGAUACUCGCAAACCAGGCAGGUCAACUUUCUGAUGAAGAUAUAUCUGCUAUCAAUGAAGAAAUCGAACAUGAGAAAGCUGUUGAUGAUAUGCCAGUAGAAGAGUUAGAUGACGAUAAUAGAGAUGAAGACGUAGACAAGUAUUUUAAAACGCAUUUUCUAGAUUUGGACAAUGUUUAAUGUUUUUAGUUAAGGUUUAACUAGUAUUUACCAAAUUAUAUUAAAUAUAAUGAAUGAUUCUAUCGGGUUAUGUUUUAGUUAAUUUCUUCAUAACAUUGUUGAUUGAAAGUAUUUUAUUCUAAUAAAAUUUAUAACAAAGUAA